GCAUGCGACGCUGCAUUCAACUGCAUGAAAAAAUAAGAUUAUUCACAGAGAUAAUGGAGUCUACAUUCGCAUUAUUUCUCCUUUUUGAUGUUGGAUUAGGAUUUAUGCUGCAUGCUUCAUCAUGCGUAAUGUUCGUGGUUCGAAUGGGAGGAUCAUUUGAGAUUGUGCGAUACAUGGCUCUUGUGCUACUACAAAGUUGUCGAUUAUUUUUUAACAGUUGGGCCGGACAAGAAGUGACCGAUCAUAGCGUUGGAAUUUCGGUGGCAGCUUAUAAUGGAAUGUGGUACAAUGCACCUAUAGAGGUGCAAAAGUGUCUAAUAUUGUUGAUUGCGAGAAGCCAGAAGGCCUCUCAAUUAACAAUCGCCAAAUUAUAUGUCAUCAAUCUGGAAAGUUUCAGUAUGGUAAUGAAAACAUCGGUAUCCUAUUGCACAGUAAUGAUUUCGCUGCGCGAGACGUCUAUGUAG